GGAACGCCCCUGUCGUCGUCGACGGGGGCCCCGAGCGCCAGUCGACGGGAUCAAUGCACGCUGCUGCUGCCCUCUCUAGGUCUGGCAGGAUAAGGCAACCAACGACGGAUUUAGGCCCUGUCUGCGGCUGGCCCGCCCGGCUCUGCUCCCCCCAGCAGUGCCCGUCUGGUGUUCGAACAAAUGCCUCAGCGGCCAGCGGGGCGCCGGCAGCGGAGCUGACCGUACUAGCGACUGCACCAGUGCUGUUAGCUAGCUAGCUACCGCGGCCAGUACCUAACAACGGCACGGCAGUUAAUGGCCGGAGAAGAGCCAAGUCACGAGCGGCGAUGGGCGCUCCACGGAACAGUGGCUGCACGCCGGAGCUAAAACGUCAAAAGACGGAGACGCUCGAGGCGCCGAGGAGGUCGGACUCGGAGGUGACUUCGCCGGAGCCAAGUGGACGACGGUAGGACGUUCCUGUCAAGGUGGCUUCUGAACGCCGGUGUGAACCCACGGUGUGUGUGGUGGUCGUGUGCCAGUCAGCGGUCAACACACCCUCUCCGCUUACCAUCGCCGUCCACAGAUUCCAUUUCACUGCCUCCUGGUACCAGGUACCCUACUGGCUAACUCUUGCUUAUUCAUGUGUUCCAAACCAAAUUACCCAGCAACCCAGCUCGAUGCCGGAGUAUUUUACAGUUGAGAUGCGUGUUAAUUUGUUCAUUAUUGUUUGGUGUAUUAGGCUCUCUUCUAACAGCCGUUUCUUGAUAUGACUGGGUCCAACUCCAACCUAAUAAGCUAUAAGAUGAUAGCCUGAUACAUUGCCGUGGGGUCCUGCCUUGUUUCUUUCCUUUGUUUAACUGACUUCACCGGUCUCCCCCUCUCUUUUUGUUCACUGUCCACACCUCCGUUCACACCAUUAUUGACGCCGGAAGAGCUCGGCUAUCUUUGAAGCACACAAGGUGUCCCUCACUAGUCUGAGCAGCAGCCGUCGCUCUAGAUACAAGCUCAAAGCCGCAACCUCAGCUAGGCUGACGGGGCAGCCAUUCCGUGUGAGCAACUGAGCAUUGCGAAGCUUCCCCAUUCUAGUUAAUCUUACCAGUUACCCUGAUCUGGGUACAAGCUCAGAGCUCAUGCCAUGAUUGAGGGCGGCUCACACAUGCAGCCUCAGCCGGGGAACGCUCACACGGCGAACAGCGAGCAGCCCGAGCCGGCCACCACGCCGAUGAACGGCAUGGCUGCUUCGGGGCCAGGCAAUGGCCAGAUGGCAGAUGAAGCAGCCGCCAGCGGAGCGACGGAGGAUAUCGAGGCGGCCGGCAACAACAAUGGGCAAGGUCCGCCCAACAGGUCAUCCAGCAUCAAGGAUGAUUUCGAGUUCUUGUGGAGGCUGCGGAAGUAUUUGCUACUUCUGGCGGUGUUGGCCGUUGGUGUCACCUACAAUGCUGGGUUGAGCCCGCCGGGGGGAUUUCAGAUGGACAGACUUGACCGCCAUGCCGGCGAUCCUCUCCUCCCACUUAAAUUCUUCCGGCGAUACGAAGCCUUCUUUUACUGCAACGCCACAGCCUUUGCUGCUUCUCUAGUCUUGAUCAUCUUGCUUCUGAGUAGGGGAGUGGCGAGCAAGCAUGUCUGGCUUCGCUCGAUGCAGUUUACCAUGAUCCUGGAUCUUUUCAGUCUCAUGGGGGCAUAUGCCGCGGGGAGUUGCAGAGUACUAAGGUCUUCCAUUUACAUAUUGGUGCUGGUCUGUUCUGUUUUCGCCUAUGUUGCGGUUCAUAUCCUGUUGUUCAUGAGGGUAGUUCCACAGCCGUUAAAAGAUCAGGUGCAGAAAACCCGGGAUAUCAUUCUGAAGAAGCUGAAACGCAUGCUAAAAAAGGUGCCAUCUAUUUGCCCUGUCUCUGAUCCUGACGGGCAAAGGAGCAACCGAGAUUACGCAAGGGAGAUCGAGGAGGCUCGCAAGUUCAUAUUGAUGCUUGCAACCUUUGCUGCUACUAUCACAUACCAAGCUGGGAUAAGUCCACCUGGUGGCUUUUGGGGUGCAAAUAAUCCUGAACACCGUGCAGCUACUUUUGUUCUCCGCAAGCACAAUCUCCUCCGCUUCAAUAUUUUCAUGUGUUGCAAUGCGACCUCUUUUGUGGCGUCUUUGGUCACAGUCAUACUGCUUCUGAGCACGGAACUGAGCACGCAUGGGAUAAGGACUCAAGCGCUGUCUGUGUGCGUCGUGGCUGAUCUGCUGGGGCUCAUUGGUGCUUAUGCUUCAGGGAGCUGCAGGGAUGUUGCAACAUCGUUGUCAGUGAUACUCAUAAUUGCUGUGGUUCUUAUCUGUGUUCUGAUUCUUGUCAUUUGCCUUCAUUGCAAAGCUGUAACGGUGUGGGUGGAUGGGGCGCUGAAGCCAGCACUUGACAAAAUGCUGAGUGCGCUGUCAUUGGGGCAAGAUGAUUCUCCAAGAGCUCACCAGCAAUGUACAUAUUGUCAGAGAAUGCACCAUCAAGAUACAGAGCUUGUUUCUCAGAGAACUCACCAGCAAGAUACAGAUCUUGAUUCUCAGAGGAUUCACCAACAAGAUACAGAGCUUGACUCUCAGAGAGCUCAGCAGCAAGAUGCAGAACUUGAUUCUCAGAGGAUUCGCGAGCAAGAUACAGAGCUUGAUUCUCUGACAACUCACCAGCAAGCUACAGAGCAUGUAGUUCGAGAUACAGAAGCAGAAGGUGUCAUGUCGAAUUUGCAAUGCUACUCUGCUGACAGAAAUCUUGUAUCAACUGGAGAUGUGAGAUCUGUAUCAACCAGUGAUUUGGAUAGCAUGGAGGACAUCAUGCCAACAACACUACGUCAAUCUCAUGACCAGAGUGAACAUGCUGCAAUUAAAGUUGUAUGCUCAUCAUCAACAGAUGCCCUAACUACCGAGGAAGUUCCAUCGGACAACUUGGAAAUACAACCUGCUGGCGGUCAGCAGGUUGCAAUCCCCAUGGCACUAUCAUCAAGUGACAGUAGAAAUUCUAUCCAAGGUACUUUACCGUUGCAGGGCUCGGUGGACGAAAAUGCAACAUCUGGUAACCUGAGGAUAGAUGCUGAUGAUCCGGCAAUGGGAUGUGAAUUACCCGACAACCAUGGGGACAGCACAGAACAGCAUGCUCAGCAAAUGUCCAAUAACCCUACUAGUGCAGAUGAUCGUGAUGUUAGAUUAGAGAUCGACAACACUGCCAAUGAUCAAGCCCCACAGCAUCAGAGAUGUAUUAAAUGCAGCUGUAGAAAUCCAGAUGAUGCUUUUCUGAAGAAGUCACGCACUUACCUAUUGCUUCUUGCAAUUCUUGCCGUGUCUUUGACAUAUCAAGCUGGUUUAAAUCCACCAGGUGGCUUCUGGACAUCAAAUGCCACAAAGCACUCUGCUGGUGAUCCCAUUCUUGGGGACAGUGGUCGCGUCUGGACAUCAAGUGGCACUAAGCACUCUGCUGGUGAUCCCAUUCUUGAGGACAAUUAUCAUAAGAGAUACCUUGCCUUCUUUUAUUUCAAUGCCACUGCAUUUGCAGCCUCCCUUGUCAUGAUCCUUAUGCUCCUGAGCAGGAAGAUGAGCAACAAGGUUAUAAAACGCCGGGCACUGCAGACAGCAAUGAUAACCGAUUUGCUUGCUCUAAUGGGGGCCUUUGUUGUUGGGAGUUGCAGGGAGAAGACAAAAUCUAUUUACAUAUCAGUGUCGAUAUUUAUCGUGGUUGCAUAUGUUCCUCUCCAUGUUUUUGUAUUUAGGCAUAAUGGAUGGUUGAAAGUGUGUGUUACCCAGAGGAUGAAGUUUGCACCACCUCAGACAGAUAAUGAGUCAAGAGAUGCUAAGGAGAAGGACUUGGCGCGGAGGCGGAAUUUGCUCUUUAUUCUUGCAAUUCUGGCGGCAACUGUCACGUACCAAGCUGGCCUGAACCCUCCAGGAGGCAUUUGGCCUGAUGAGAACAGUAAGGGUGGCAAACCAGGCAAUCCAGUUCUUCAAGACAGCCACCCAGAGCGCUAUAAUGUUUUCUACUACUCGAACGCCGUCUCAUUUGCGUCAUCUGUGGCUGUCAUCAUUCUUCUUGUUAACAGGGAAUCAUGUGAGGAUGGAAUCAAGUCGUACGCAAUUCGUGUGUGCUUGGUAGCAGGUUUGCUGGGCCUCCUGAUUGCUUAUUCUGCAGGAACCUGCAGGAAAGCGAGACCGGUAAUAUAUCUUAUUGUCAUAGCCUCUGCAGCUCUAACAUGCCUUGUGAUUCAAGUACUUGUACUACAAGAUGCAUUAGAUGGGCCACUGACCUGGUUAAGGGGUCGGUUGCGGGAGAUUCUUCAUCUAGAGCCUGACUCUGAGACACCGCUGGAAAGUUCAGAUGAAGAAAACAAGGAACGUAAUGCUCAGGGGUCAGGCCCCCUUAUCAGUGAGAAGAAGGAAAAGAAGAGACAGAAGUACUUGAUGCUUCUUUCGGUUCUUGCUGCAUCCAUUGCGUACCAAGCCGGUCUAAACCCGCCUGGUGGCUUCUGGCCUGAUGACACUCCCAAAAAUGGUUACAAGGCUGGCAACCCGGUACUUAAGGACAUAAACUCCUGGCGCUACAUGGUAUUCUAUGUCUUCAAUUCCAUCUCUUUCAUGUCAUCUAUUGCUGUAGUCAUGCUUCUGCUGAGUAAAUCUGUGAGACAGAAGGUUCCGCUCCAAGCAUUGCACUUCAUCAUGAUACUGGACCUGUUGGCUCUGAUGACAGCUUAUGCAGCUGGAAGUUGCAGAAAGUUCAGGACUUCAAUAUUCAUCCUCGUGGUAGUAUGUUGUGUGCUGGUGUACCUUCUGUUUAUUAUUAUCUUGUCAAGUCGCAUAGCAAGAUGGCUGAAAAAACAGAAAAACAAGGUGGCUUCCUUGCUGCUGGAGCCUAGCCAUGCUGCUGCAACUUCAGCAUGAUACCGAACCUGAACGGAAUGUUUGAAUAUCUUUCUUCUCCCCAUUGUAAUAUGUUCAUUGUAGUUCAAAUGGAACCCAUGAAUUCUCAGUUGUAUGCUUUUAUUCAGGAUAAAAGCAUUUAUUUUCUUUGUUCUUGAAGAAAUAUUUUGUCAUGACAGAGAUCUUCAGGCUGAGAUGAAGUAUCCCCUUAGUUAAGACGUAGUUUGUCCUCACCUAUGGUAUCGAAGUAUGGGCUGGAUGUAGAGGUGGGACAUGCUUAGAGUUGUGUUUUGUCUGUAAUGAGUUGGUUUGAUGAAGAAAGUUUGCAACUCUGA